AUUUACAAACAGUCGCCAUUAUCCUCCAAAAGGGGACAGUCACUCGGAAGAAAGCUUUGGAGCUUCGCAAUUCUAAAUUUUGCUGUUGUGGUGUGUGUGUUAGAGCGAAAUGAAGUUCCAGUACAAGGAAGAACAUCCGUUUGAGAAGAGGAGGGGCGAAGGCGAGAAGAUUCGCAAGAAGUAUCCUGACAGGGUGCCUGUCAUUGUGGAAAAGGCGCCGAAGGCUCACAUUGGCGACCUGGACAAAAAGAAAUACCUGGUGCCAUCAGAUCUGACCGUGGGUCAGUUUUACUUCCUCAUCAGAAAGCGGAUCCACCUAAGGGCGGAGGAUGCGCUCUUUUUCAUUGUGAAUAAUGUCAUCCCUCCUACAAGUGCUACUAUGGGAUCCCUUUAUCAGGAACAUCACGAAGAAGACUUCUUCCUGUACAUAGCGUAUAGCGACGAAGAUGUGUACGGUCUUUGAGGUUCUGGCGACAAAUUUGUAACAAAAUUUUAUAAAACAUUAAAACGGGGGGGCAUCCCAUGUGCAGAAUGCGCCGAAGCUCUUACGGAAUGUUUGUGCAGGAGCAAAUCUUUGAAAAAAAAUUUGCUUUCUUUCUCCUGGUAAGCGACCAAGCUUGGUCUAAACGUUCUUUUCUGCACUUUUUUUUCGUUCCUUUUUGAUCCACCAUAAUACAGCAAGUGUAAGCCGAGGCAUUAAUUAGAGGGCACCUCCAUAGGAAUCCUUUCAGUCAAGUUGGGUUCAGCACGGCUGGAACAUUUGCGAUUGAAGCAGCGUGAGUAAGUUACGGCUACCAUUCUUGGCCGACCUGCUUCCAUAGUAAAAGACUAAAGCUCAGUCACUCUGGAGCUGCCCUUUAAUGGUGUUCCACUCAUAGUAGGGUGUACAUGGUGUUACUGUGAUUUUCCUUUGCAUUCUCUAGUAGCCUCAAAUGCAUUUGACUUGACUUGUACAUUUUGUGUAAAAUAGAGACAAUAAAAGUACGGUGUGCAUCGCUGAUGCAAAGACAUGA